CCAUCAGUUCUGGCGGCGCAUGCGCUGAGCCGUGGGCCGGAGAGUUGUCGGCUGGGAAAUGGCGGCCGCAGGCUUGGUCGCUGUGGCCACGGCUGCAGAGUACUCUGGUCCAGUGGCAUCGGGAGGUAACCUCUCCGGUGUUAACUGUGGGCCAAGCUCCGGAGCAGGCCCUGGUUCUGGCCCGGGUUCGUGGAGCCGCUCCCUCGAUCGAGCGCUGGAGGAGGCGGCUGUGACCGGGGUGCUGAGCCUGAGCGGCCGGAAACUGAGGGAGUUUCCCCGGGGAGCGGCCAACCAUGACCUGACGGACACCACCCGGGCGGAUCUGUCACGAAAUCGCCUCUCAGAAAUUCCCAUAGAAGCAUGUCAUUUCGUUUCUCUUGAGAAUCUCAACUUAUACCAAAAUUGUAUUCGGUAUAUACCAGAGGCAAUUCUAAACCUACAAGCUCUAACAUUCUUAAAUAUUAGUCGGAACCAACUGUCAACAUUGCCAGUACACUUGUGUAAUUUACCAUUGAAAGUCUUAAUUGCUAGUAAUAACAAAUUGGUGUCACUUCCAGAAGAAAUUGGACAUCUCAGACAUUUAACAGAACUUGAUGUGAGCUGCAAUGAAAUUCAAACAAUACCUUCCCAAGUUGGUAAUUUGGAGGCUUUGAGAGACCUUAAUGUCAGAAGAAAUCACUUAGUACGUUUGCCUGAAGAGCUGGCAGAGUUGCCUUUAAUACGAUUCGACUUCUCCUGCAAUAAAAUUACAACAAUCCCCGUUUGUUAUCGGAACCUCAGGCACCUUCAGAUGAUCACCCUAGAUAACAAUCCACUACAGUCUCCUCCCGCACAGAUAUGUAUAAAAGGCAAAGUGCACAUAUUUAAGUACCUGAACAUACAGGCUUGUAAGAUUGCUCCAGAUCUGCCAGAUUAUGAUAGGAGACCCUUGGGUUUUGGUUCCUGCCAUGAAGAAAUGUACUCAGGUCGCCCUUAUGGAGCUCUUGAUUCAGGUUUCAAUAGUGUGGACAGUGGUGAUAAGAGAUGGUCAGGGAAUGAACCUACAGAUGAAUUUUCAGAUCUGCCACUUCGAGUAGCAGAAAUUACUAAAGAACAAAGAUUACGAAGAGAAAGCCAGUACCAGGAGAAUCGCAGCAGUUUAGUGGUAACAAAUGGUGGAGUGGAACAUGAUCUGGAUCAGAUCGACUACAUCGACAGCUGUGCUGCAGAGGAGGAAGAUGAUGAGAUGAGACAGCCCAAGGGCCUGGACUCAGACAGCCUCAGUUCCCAGUUUAUGGCGUAUAUUGAACAACGGCGAAUCUCUCAUGAGGGAUCACCCAUAAAGCCAGUACCUCUGAGGGAGUUUCAAAAAACAGAAGACAUGAGAAGAUAUUCAUAUCAAAACAGGGUUUCAUCUGAGCCAUCUUCUCUCAUGUCACUAUCACCAAAUCACAAUCAGUUAUCACAUGCAGACUUGGAACUUCAUCGGAGAAGAGAACAAUUAGUAGAGCGUACUCGGAGAGAGGCCCAGCUUGCAGCCCUACAGUAUGAGGAGGAGAAAAUAAGGACCAAGCAGAUUCAAAGAGAUGCUGUCCUGGACUUUGUCAAGCACAAAGCAUCACAAAGUCCACAAAAACAGCAACCUUCCCUAGAUGGUGAGUGCCCCUUCCCAUCCAGAAGGUCUCAGCACACUGAUGAUAGUGCCUUGUUAGUGAACGAUGACAGAUCAAAUACCGUAUCAAGUUCACCUACAACAGAAACAGUUCAUCAUUCCCCUGCAUAUUCUUUUCCUGCUGCUAUUCAGAGAAACCAGGCCCAGCGCCCUGAAAGCUUCCUUCACCGAGCAGCUGUCAGGACAGAGGGAAAUAAAGGUCAUGCUUCACCCCUUCUUUCAUCUUCUGCACCUACCACUGAUUCUGCAGAUUCCAUAUCAAGACCCAAUUCAAGACAGAGAGAGGAAGAGCUGGAGUUAAUAGAUCAACUACGGAAACAUAUUGAGUACCGGCUGAAAGUAUCACUGCCUUGUGAUCUGGGAGCAGCUCUAACCGAUGGUGUUGUUCUUUGCCAUUUGGCCAAUCAUGUGCGGCCUCGCUCUGUCCCAAGCAUCCAUGUCCCCUCGCCAGCUGUACCUAAAUUAACAAUGGCAAAAUGCAGGCGGAAUGUGGAGAAUUUCCUAGAAGCUUGCAGAAAAAUUGGUGUACCUCAGGAGCAAUUAUGUUUGCCUCUCCACAUUUUAGAAGAGAAAGGUUUGAGCCAGGUUGCGGUGACGGUCCAGGCUCUCCUGGCACUUGCCCCCCCCAAGCAGCAGCACCCAUCGUCUGCUGUGUAAGGACCCCCAGCACCUGGGCACUGGCCUGGCCAAACCGGAGCAGGACGCGAUUGCUGCUGCCAUCCAUCUGCUUAAACAGAGCUCUUAAGUGUUCUUAAAAGGGACUGUUUCCAUGAUUCCUAACAGGAAUAUUUUGCUUCAUUCCUCCAUUUUAGGGGAGGUUAUAUUCGUUUCCAUUGAACUGUUUAGGAAGACACGGUUGGUUUUCACAAAUGAAACUUAAUUCUGUCAUUACUGAGAACCCAACACUGAAGACUAAACUGGCUGUGCUUUCCUAGAGAGUAGGCUUGUUUCACAUACCAGAGAGAAAUCUCCUCAGAAGACUAUUUAGCUCUCCUGAAAGCACAGACCUGCUAUAACCUCUACCUGUUUCCAGUUUCUGGAGUCCUCUGGUUUCCCAAACUGGUUGUUCAUUAGAAUCUCCUGGACCAUUUGUUAAAAUGCAGAGUCUCAUUUGGUCAGUCUAAAGCGAGGCCUGGGUAUCUGCAUUUUCAACAGAUGGGGUAGAGACCACAGUCUCAAGGCUAGGUGUUUGUAUGAUAUGGGGAAUAAUGACUCCACUCUCAGCCACAUUUAAAAUCAAAAGCUAUAUUAUGAUUAUUUAGACUGUAUGUGAAAGGCAAAACAAAAAUAACAGAAUUGGGGUUUUUGGACAAUACUUAUGUCCAGGCAAAACACAUAUAAUGUAGAAGGCCUAGAUUUUUGUGUAGUAAAACCUUUUGAGAGAGGUAAGUUCUAUAUAAGGCCAGAGUUGAAGCCCACCCCCCCCCACCCCACCCCAAACGCAGGCUGGCCACCACCAGUUAAAGCUUGCUUCUGCGUGACAUCCUGCUAUUAUCUACACAUUAUAAACAAACACUCUCCACACAGAUUCUAUAUCCUUAGGUUGGUAACAUGCACUACUCACCAUUUGCAUUGAGCCCUCCCUUCUACUCCCCCCAACGCUGCUCCCGGGACACCUGGGUCUGCACAUACCUUCCACUCACAGCAGAAUACACUUCCAGCUCCCUGAUUAAUGGAAGAUUAGGAAAAACAAAGUCCAAGAAAUAAAGGAAAAGCCAAGUUUCCUAAUUUCUUUUCAGGUAAUAGCCAGUUUCCGUACCUGAAUCAAACCACUGUGGCAUCUUAAAACAGCGUACUGUGUAUCUAGGUCAUCUAACUCUACCACUAGUGCCUUCUUCACUCAAUCAUGGACCAAGUAAAAGGGCCCAGGGGCUCAUGUAACACAAAGCCGGGAGCCUUUGUUCAAGUUUAAGCCACUAGAUUCUUUCUUACCCUGUAUUUUGAACCCCUUUUAGAUGUCAGCAUAUCUUUUGGUAUGCACUGCCUUUAUAAACCAGGUAAAUAGACUAAGUGAAGAUACUAGUUAUCCAGGGUGAAUUGUUCUGAAUUUUCUUUACCAAUGCAUGCAUUUGAGCAAAGUGUGUUCUAUCAUAUGAAUGCAGGAUCUAAAAGUAACUGGGUAAAAUCAUGUGGAGUAUCUGGUCAAAAUAACGUUUUUCCCCCGUUCUCACAGGGAAACAAAUUCAGCAGAACAUUACCAAUUUGUCCGAGUUUAAAAUUAAACCUCUGAGCUCAAAACCCAGUCCUUCACUGUCCUUACAGAACAAAAGCAAUAUGUCUUUUAAGUGUUUAGAGCCAGACUCCAUUAUAGUUACAGUUCAAAUUGAGCGGUCUGUUUGGAAAAACUUGUUUAGAAUUUGUGUGCAUUUUUAAACUAUGGGUAUUUCUUCCCCUUCUCAUCAACAUUAAAUCUCAGUACAAUCUCUAAAUAAUAGUCAUUUGAAACUCAGCAAAGAACAGGACUGUUUUAUACCAUGCAAGGAAUAACCCCAGAAGACAUAUAUAAUACAACAUUUGGGACAUUUGCAACUAAUUAUCCCAUAGGAAUAAACGGAAAUUUCCACUUAAUUCAUAUUUCACACAUAAUGUGAAACCUAAUAUUUUUAUCAAACUAAUUCAAAUUUAUAUUUGAAUUGCUAGAAAAAAGUUGUAUACAGUUUUGCUUGAUAAUGAAAGAAAAAUAUCAAGCACAUUGAACGUUUUUCUUUGUCUAGAUGCAAAAACAUUGAUGAUGUUUUGGUUGGAAAAUUUUUGUGUUCAGUGUUUUGUAUGUAUUUUUUAAAAAAUGGAAAGAAAAUUUCACAUUUAGCCUUGCUAGACUGCAGUGUAGGAUGAAGACGAUGUUGUAGCGAUUCUACCUGACCAUUUAUGAGCUUCCUACUGAAGCAGUGAUCGGCCCCGUGCUGAAGUGUGAACGGCGAAAAGGCUAGGUGCCCACCCACCAGGGCCCCUGCCAGCUACGGAGACUGUAAGUCAGCUGGUUCUCUGGAGACAGCUCAUGGGCGGGGGCCUUUGUAUUUGGCUAGAACAGAGAUGGGGGGGCUUCUUAGCAGGUCACUUUCUUUAAUAGGUUUUUAAAACACAGCCUUACAGCUAAUUGAGGAGUCUGAUUUCUCUUACUUUCUACAGCUCAGCAGUGACUAAUGUGUGACUGUGCUGAUGAGUAUGAUGAAUUUUAACAACUAAGCGCUUAAAAUGGUUAUAGAAAUGAAGGAAAACAUGGAUAUUUAGAACCCUUUUUAUAGAAGUGUUGCAGUGAGAUGGUUUACAGCAGAUUUCAUUUUAUUUCUGAAAAUGUUGUAAACAUGUAAUUAGUAAAAGAUUUUGUAAAACAUUGUCCUAUAUUUGUAUGUCUGUAAAUAUAAUGCAUAAGUUCUAAGUAUAAAUAUGUCAAUAUCAUGUAUGCUAUUUUAAAUUGCCUGUAUGCCACCUUACACGUUGACAUUAAAAUAAAAGCCAACACUUCAGUAGCGUGAAAUAAAGGCUGAUUUGAAAAUGUUCAUACCUAAA